CGUCGUCCAGCUGAUCUGCAGAGUUCCACUUGGCUGCUGCCCCUGCCGACCGCACAACCACGACAUGCAGACCCGGCCAAGGCCGGUCGGCUGAUGUUUCCGAUUUGGCUGGUGCUGCGCAUCGUAUCGCUAUCUCAUCUCGUUUGUCUCCGCCAGAUCGUCUGCCGCGAUCCCUCUUCCUCCGCCCGUCCUGCUCUUUGCCUGCUGGUCCAGCAUUCCCGUCCCCGCCGCAAGAACAAUGUCGCUCGUCUCUGUCCAGAUCCAAACAGUGCUCGCCCGUCGCCAGCCGCAUCCCCGCAGCCUGCGUCUCGCACGCUUCUCGACCUCCCAGCGAUAUGGCGCCGCCCAUCCUCAGACCCUCGUCGAGAAGAUCGUCCAGACCUACACGGUCGAUGCUCAGGGAUCUGUCAAGCAGGGCGAUUUUGUUUCGAUCCAGCCCGAGCACGUCAUGACCCACGAUAAUACCGGUGCCGUGAUGAGCAAGUUCAAGAGUAUCGGUGCGGGCAAGUUCAACAACCCGCGACAGCCCGUGUUCACACUGGACCACGAUGUCCAGAACAAAACCGAAAAGAACCUGGCCAAGUAUGCCUCGAUUGAAGCAUUUGCCGCUCAGCACGGCGUCGACUUUUAUCCCGCAGGCCGUGGCAUCGGCCACCAAAUCAUGAUCGAGGAGGGCUAUGCUUUCCCAAGCACCAUGGUCGUUGCCUCGGACUCACACUCCAACAUGUACGGCGGUAUCGGCGCCCUCGGCACGCCCAUCGUCCGGACGGAUGCUGCCGCCAUUUGGGCGACGGGACGCACUUGGUGGCAGAUCCCGCCUGUCGUCAAAGUCAAUCUGCUCAACUCGCUGCCCGAAGGCGUCACCGGCAAGGACGUCAUCACCACCCUCUGCGGCACCUUCAACAAGGAUGAGGUCCUGAACUCGGCCAUCGAGUUCACCGGGCCUGGUGUCGCCAACAUCUCGGUCGACGAGCGCCUCACCAUCGCGAACAUGACAACCGAGUGGGGUGCCCUUGCCGGUGUCUUCCCGAUCGACAAGCGCCUGCUCGACUGGUACAAGUUCCGAGCCACCCAGCUCUCGCAGCGCCUCGGCGGCAAGCCCCACCCUCGCAUCAACCCCGAGCGCAUCCAGCAUCUCGAGCAGAACCCCGUCGAGGCCCACCGCGAUGCCUACUACGCAAAGGAGCUUUCGCUCGAUCUUUCGACCGUCUCGCCUUGGAUCUCGGGGCCCAACUCGGUCAAGGCCUCCCAGUCCCUGGCCGACCUCGAGAAGCAAAGCAUUCGCAUCCACAAAGCCUAUCUCGUCUCGUGCACCAACUCGCGCGCCAGCGACUUGCGCGCGGCCGCCAAGAUCCUCAAGGGCAGAAAGAUUGCCGAAGGCGUCGAGUUCUAUAUCGCGGCGGCGAGCACGGAGGUGCAGGCUGAAGUCGAGGCAUCUGGCGACUGGCACAUUCUGCUGGAGGCCGGGGCACGGCCUCUGCCGGCGGGCUGUGGUCCCUGCAUCGGUCUUGGUACGGGUUUGCUGAAGGACAACGAAGUUGGCAUCUCGGCCACCAACCGCAAUUUCAAGGGCCGCAUGGGAUCACCGCUGGCACAAGCCUACCUCUCGUCGCCAGCCGUUGUGGCCGCCUCGGCUGUCCUCGGCAGAAUCGCAUCGCCGCAAUCUCUGCCGCCUCUGAACCCUGUCUCGACCAUUACGGAUAUCCCGAUCAAGUACUGGAGCAAGCCUGUGUCAACCAUCACAGUCAACAAGCCCCCGACCCAGGCUGCCGCCAGCGGUGCCAGCGCUGCUGAGCCCGAGACUGUGGCCGGAUUCGAGCGCCAUCUCAAGGGCGAGUUGAUCUUUGUCGAUGCCGACAACCUCAACACCGACGGAAUCUACCCUGGCAAGUACACUUACCAGGACGACAUUACGCUCGACACGAUGAAGAAGGUGGUGAUGGAGAACUACGAUCCCGCCUUCUCUGGGCUGGUGAAGCAGAACGAUAUCCUCGUUGCCGGAUUCAACUUUGGCACGGGCUCCUCUCGUGAGCAGGCCGCCACGGCGCUCCUCGCUGCGGGCAUCAAGUUGGUUGUUGCUGGAUCCUUCAGCGAGACCUUCAAGCGCAACGCCAUCAACAACGGCCUGGCAGUGCUGGAGCACCCCGUGUUGGUCGGGGACUUGCGAAAGACCUUCAGCGGGCAGUCAGCCGUGCUGACUCGCCGAACCGGUUGGAAGGUCGACUGGGAUCUUGUCGGCGGCGAGGUCAAGGUUGCCGACAGCAAACGAGUGUACCAAGCUCCUGCCGUGGGCAAGGCUGCCCAGGAGCUCGUCGUCGAGGGCGGUCUGGAGGCCUGGGUGCGCAAGCGCAUCUGAAGCAGAGACAGAUGAUCGUGCGGUGCGCUUCGUUUGAAUCGGCGAUGUGCAUUCGAGGCCAUUCUUGGCGACGGUGCUUGGUGCUCUUUGGGAAAUCGCCAUGAAUACAGCCACAGCGGAAAGCAAACCA